AUGAAUCUGUCGGAGCCUACCUAUUUACCCAGUACUGAGGUGGUCGGUGCUAACGUUGUCAUCUUUGCUAUUUUUGACUUCAUUUCGGGGACCUUUAUCAUUCUUGCCAACGGCUUUCUCCUCAUCACAAUUUACCGAGAUCCCUGUCGAUGUUUGCGCACUCCAUAUGUGUUACUCAUCGCCAAUCUUUCAGUCGCGGAUUUUUUAGUUGGAAUUGUGAGCAUCCUACGAGGUGUCGAAUUAACUCACUUCCACCGUGGUUUGGGAGACCUGCUCAUUGUGAACCUGGUUCAAUAUUUUAUCGGAGCUGUUUCGAUUCUCGCCGCUGUCUCCACUCUCAUGGCGAUGUCUUACGAACGAUAUGUUGCAGUGAUCAAACCUUUUCAAUAUCCUCACAAAAUCACCAACAAAAAAGCCAAGAUUGCUAUCGCAGUAAUUUGGAUAAACGGACUUAUUAUGUCUGUUCUUCCCAUAGCUGAUGUGAAAAGAGAGAACUUUUUGCUGGCCUAUUGCUACUCUCAUUUCGUGAUUCCAGCAUUUAUUCUAACAGCAGUUUAUGUUAAAAUAUCCAGGGCGGUUGCCCGUCAAAGAGAGGAACUUAAAAAUGUGCGCGAGAGUCUCACAGCGGCCAACAGAAGGAAACAAUUGGAAAAAGAGAACAGAAUGUUUAGGGCAUUUGUGUUCAUCCUUUCUAUAUUUUAUGUCUCAUUUGUACCUUAUUUCAUUCAUGUACAGAUUUUAUACUUUUGUUCCUGUCGAAACUCCUACGCCUAUCAUGUUUAUUAUUAUGUUGCGAACGAAUUUCUGACCAUUAGUUCCAUUAUCAAUCCCUUCUUGUAUGCCUGGAGACUUCCAAAGUUCAGCCGCUCGUUUCAUUCGUGGUUUGGAGGUUGGCUGGUCAAGAACUCAGGAGCGAGGUAUAACGAAAACCCACCCGGUCAGAAAGAGACAGUUACAGGUUCUAACUCCCAGCUUCCCUAG